AUGGGUGCAGCCGUCCAUUUCCCUCACCCUGUGCUGGCCUCUUUCCUGCUGUAUCCUUGCCAGAGCAGGAGAAAUGCCCUCCAGCCGUGCAGCCAUGUUCUGGGUGCCCUGACCCAACGGAAGUCCAUGGGGCACCCCAGACUGGCAGCCCUGCCCCUGCCUCUCCACCUGCUGCUCAUUGGCGUCUCUGCCUCCCCUGGGAUUGGCUGCCCCUGUCUGCCCCACUGGACUACCUGCUGUCUGCUGGUCUCCCACAUGGAUGACAGUUUCACUGAAAGAUCUGCCCAUAUUUCUUGCCAUACCCUGCCACUUUCCUGGGGUGCUUGGCGCUGGUACUGCCCCUGCUGUCUGUGCCUGCGCCUGGUGUCAGCUCCUUCAGGCCUUUCACGGAGCUGGUUCUGCCACCUGGUGCAGAAAUCCAAAAAGUCUUACCUGUUCCAGUUCUGUAGGAGACACAAGAUGCCAGCAUCUGCUCAGAGGAAGCUGCUGCAUCGCUGUUGCCUGCCUGAGAAGGACCAUCACAUCUCCGUCCCCUCCCCAGACAUCUCCCAAAACAGGCUGCGCUUCAAAAGGACCCAGCCUUCCCAUCCAGAGGCAGUGGAAGGUCUCCCGAGACAGGACUCACAGAGGCAUAAAGGGCCCGAGUUCUCCUUUGACUUGCUGCCUGAGGCACGGGCUAUUCGCGUGAGCAUUCCCUCAGGCCCCGAGGUCAGCGUGCGUCUUUGUCACCAGUGGGCACUGGAGUGCGAAGAGCUGAGCAGCCCCUUUGAUGUCCAGAAAACCGUGUCUAGAGGCCACACUGUAGACCUGCCUUAUGAAUUCCUUCUGCCCUGUCUGUGCAUAGAGGCAUCCUACCUGCAAGAGGAUACAGUGAGGCGCAAAAAAUGUCCCUUCCAGAGCUGGCCGGAAGCUUAUGGCUCAGACUUUUGGAGGUCAGUGACCUUCACUGACUACAGCCAGCACAGUCAGAUGGUCAUGGCCCCGACACUCCGCUGCCCCGUGAAGCUGGAAGCCUCCCUCUGCCAGAGGCAGGGUGGGAACACCCUCUGCGAAGACCUCCCAAACGCCACAGCUCGGGAGUCGGAGGGGUGGUAUGUUUUGGAGAAGGUGGACUUGCACCCCCAGUUCUGUUUCAAGUUCUCUUGUGGAAAUAGCAGCCACAUUGAAUGUCCCCAUCAGACUGCAGCCCCAUCCUGGAAUGUGAGCAUGGGCACGCAGGCCCAGCAGCUGAUCCUGCACUUCUCCACGAGGACGCAUGCCACCUUCAGUGCUGCCUGGAGCCGCCCAGACAUGGGGCAGGACGGCCUGCUGCCCCCUGUGUACAGCAUCAGCCAGACUCAGGGCUCAAGUCCAGUGACACUAGAGCUCAUCAUUCCCUUCCUGAGGCCAGGGACCUGUGUUCUGGUGUGGAGGUCAGAUGUCCAGUUUGCCCGGAAGCACCUCUUGUGUCCAGAUGUCUCUAAUAGACACCUGGGACUGUUGAUCCUGGCACUGCUGGCCCUCACCACUCUCCUGGGAGUUGUUUUAGUUCUCAUCCUCCGGCGCCCAUUGUCAGGCCCCGGCCAACCGCACCCGGUGCUGCUCCUGCACGUGGCGGACUCCGAGGCGCAGCGGCGCCUGGUGGGGGCGCUGGCCGAGCUGCUGCGGGCCACGCUGGGCGGCGGGCGCGACGUGAUCGUGGACCUGUGGGAGGGGGCGCGCGUGGCGCGGGUGGGCCCGCUGCCGUGGCUGUGGGCGGCGCGGGCGCAGGUGGUGCGGGAGCGGGGCACCGUGCUGCUGCUGUGGAGCGGCGCGGGCUCCAGCCCCGCCCGCGGCCCGGACCCCCGCACCGCGCACACCCUGCGCGCCCUGCUCCGCGCCGCGCCGCGCCCGCUCCUGCUGCUCGCCUACUUCAGCCGCCUCUGCGCCAAGGCCGACAUCCCGCCGCCGCUGCGCGCCCUGCCGCGCUACCGCCUGCUGCGCGACCUGCCGCGCCUGCUGCGGGCGCUGGGCGCCAGCCCCGCCGCCCGGGCCGCCGGCUGGGGCCGCCUGGGCGCUCGGUCCUGCCUGCGGAACCGCCUGGAACUGUGUCGCCGGCUAGAACGCGAGGCAGCCCAACUUGCCCACCGAGGCUGA